UAAUCUGAUGCUCCUCUCGGGAAUUAUUUUCUCCCAUUUUACGUGACUACUAUAGCUAUCAUUCAUACUUGGGCAACAAUUUUCAUCCCACUCACCCAUUGUCUAAAUUGACAACAACAAAUUUAUGAAUGGCUUUUACGGCCUCUGUGUUCGUCCGGUCCUGCGCGACCGUCCAGCACACUCGAUCAUCUGUUUACCACCAGUUUCGUCAGUUCGUUUCGAAAUCCCGCGGAAGAAACACGGCAAUGUCUCUCGUCAAAGGAGUAUUCAUAGUCGGCGCCAAGAGAACCGCGUUCGGUACCUACGGUGGCAAACUCAAAGACGUCUCCGUAACCGAAUUGCAAACGAUCGCGGCGAAAGCCGCCAUCGCUGCCGGUAAAGUCGAUCCCGCGACGAUCGACUCGGUUGUCAUCGGUAACGUGAUGCCGAUCAGCGCGACCGACGGCAUAUUCGUGCCUAGGCACGUGGCGCUCAACAGUGGCGUGCCACUCGAAAAACCCGCUCUGGGCGUUAACAGGUUGUGCGGUUCCGGAUUCCAGUCUAUCGUCAACGGAGUCCAAGACCUAUUGACCGGUUUUAGUCGUAUUUCCUUGACCGGCGGCGUCGAAAACAUGUCCGCUUGCCCUCACGUCGCUAGAAAUAUAAGAUUCGGCGUGCCUUUGGGUCAGAGCCCCGUCCUGGAAGAUUCGCUGUGGCUCGGCCUGACGGACACGUAUUGCAAACUGCCGAUGGCGUUGACUGCGGAAAAGUUAGGCGAACAAUACGGCAUCACGCGCGACGAAGUGGACGCGUUCGCCCUGAGGUCGCAGAAGAAGUGGAAAGAGGCGCAGGACGCGGGCAGAUUCGCGGAAGAACUCGUCCCCGUGACCCUAAAGUCGAAAAAGGGGCCUCAGAGUUUGAGCGCGGACGAACAUCCGCGACCUCAGACAACGGCCGAAGGGUUGAAGUCGUUGCCGACGCUUUUUAAAAAGGACGGCCUGGUGACGGCCGGUUCGGCGUCGGGAAUAUGCGACGGCGCCGGCGCCGUCAUCGUCGCUACCGAGGAAGCCGUAACAGCGCAUAACCUCAAACCGUUGGCGCGGAUCGUAGGAUAUUCGAUAGUAGGGGUGGAGCCGUCCAUAAUGGGGAUCGGACCCGCGCCCGCCAUUAAGGCCUUGCUCAACGCUUCCGGCAAAACCCUCAACGACAUCGAUUUGGUGGAAAUUAACGAGGCCUUCGGCGCCCAAACAUUGGCGUGCGCCAAGGACCUGGGGUUGGACCUCGAAAAACUAAAUGUCGAUGGCGGUGCCAUCGCCUUGGGUCACCCGCUCGCUGCUUCCGGGAGCCGAAUCACUGCUCACUUGGUUCACGAGUUGAGAAGAAGGAAGGCGAAGUACGGGAUCGGCUCGGCCUGCAUAGGGGGCGGCCAGGGUAUCGCCAUUUUGGUGGAGGCGCUGUGAGGUUCCUGAAGGGAAUUGUGCCUUUGCGAACUAUUUUCGCCGGAACAGACCGACAAAUUGAGUGGCUGUUUUGAAGACAUUUGAUUUUUUUAUUUAAGACGUUUCGAUUCUUGUUCAGUAUGUGGAAGUGUAACAGAGAAUUAUUUUUUUACGGAAUAGGUAGAAAAUCUAUGGUAAUGUAACUAAAAAAUUCUAAAAAUAAUAGGUAUGAAUUUUAGAAAAUUUCCGAAUCCAUGUUGAAAUUGUUAUCCCCGGUUUUUAAGGGAAUUUUAAUAUUCUUAUAUUGACGUUAAUACUUCUAAAAGUUAUUGCUUUUUUUUUUUGGAGAAGCUAAUAAUGCCAGAAAAAACUGAUGGGGUUUUACUUAUUUUAUAUUUUCAAUAUUACUUAAGGCUUUGGUUAGAACGGUUUUCUAAAUUUAGGGUUUUGUUGUGCAGAAAUAAGGUAUGAAAUAUUAUAGAAAACUUGGAAAUGUCAUCGAUCUUCUGGUAUAUUUAACUGUACCGAUUCUGGACGUAGUAUUAAGUUAAAUUAUCUAUUUUUAUGUAAUUUCUUAUGUGGAAGGACUGAUUAUCUAAAGACUUGUUAUACCUACUACAUUUGCGAAAUAA